AUGGGCCUCUCGAAUUUACUUGCGGUGAAAAAAUCUCUCGAAUGGAAGGCCUGCAACCCUGGUGAAUCAGCACAUAGCAAGACGAAAGUCGAGUGUUCUUCGCUCCAGGUGCCUCGUGACUACACCAUGCCCAAGUCCAAAGAACGGGUGACCAUCGAGCUGGUUCGUGCCAAGGCGAAGAAACAGCCCUCGCGCGGCUCCAUCUUGUACAAUCCUGGAGGCCCAGGUCUCCCGAUGAGGUCCAAGAUCUCGACCGAUUCUGAGCUUCUGCAAUGCGGCACCGGCCCCUUGCCCUUCACAUGCGGCACCAUCGGUCCCAUGCUCUCACAGCACAGGCCGAACGAAACCAUCGAAGAGAUCUGGGGGCGAGCUGCCGCCGUAGCUGCUCAAUGCGCGAAGCACUCAACAGGUAAUCAGCACGCCGAGUUGCUGGGCACCGUAGCGCUCGUCCGCGACAUGAUGCAGGUUGUUGAUGCUCUAGGCGAGGACGGCUUGCUUCGUUUCUGGGGAUACUCCUACGGCACCAUCGUUGGCGCCACAGCAGCAGCCAUGUUCCCGGACCGCAUCGACAGAAUGGUCCUCGACGGCGUCGUGAACCCCCACAAGUGGUACCGCGGCUCGAGUGAUCCAGACAUGACCAUGGACGCCGACAAGGUGCUUACAGCCAUGCUCGAGCUGUGCGUCACCCUCGGCGCGACGAAAUGCCCGCUCGCCAAACAUGGCAGCACGGCAGCAGACCUCUCGGCCAAGGUCUGGCGGCGCAUCGACGACCUCAAAGUCCAGCCCGCAGUCAUCACCAUCAAGCCCAAAGCCAAGGCUAGCCUGCCGUUCCCCGUGGUCAUCCUAGUGACGAUCAACUACAUCAAGGCAAUCCACCUGACGUCCAACUCGCUGAUCAACAGGGCCCUCUGGCCCCAACACCUCAACUUCCUCGCCAGCCUGCUCGCCGUGCGCGGGUCCGACCCGUACGAAGCGGCCAGCGGCACCGCCGCCGCCGCACCGUCUCUGGCGAAACCCAGCAGCGCCAGCGACGCCGACGCCGGGCCUGAGCGCCUACAUCGCCAUCUCGCUGCGGCGACAGGCUUCGAGCGCACCGCGGCCUUCGCGGCCUUCGCGCCCGACAUGGGCGCGACGGUCAACAGCAGCCGCAUCUCGGGCGGCCGGUUCGCGGCCAUUGGCGCCACGUGCGCCCAGUGGGCGUGGCGCGCGCGCGAGGCGUAUGACGGCGACUUUGCCGUGACGACGCGGACGCCCGUCCUCGUCGUGAGCGCGGAGCUCGACCCGCGGACGCCGCUCGAGGCGGCGCGGCAGGCGAACGCUGCGCUGGGGGGCAGCGAGCUUCUCACGGUUGCGGGCGCCGGGCGUGCCGUCUCCUGCGCGGCUGUGCAUCUGAGGGACUACUGGGUCAACGGCACGAUGCCAGCGCCUGGAAUGGUGUGCAAGGGGUCGCCGUUUGGUGCCAAGUGGGCUGAUGUGAGAAAGGAGGUGGACAAGAUGGGCUCAUUGCACAAGAGGGAAGCUUACGACGACUUUGAUGACGACGACUUUGGGCGCUCAUUCAUGGACGGCCGAGAUGUGAUGGAUUACUUCUUGGAAGCCGACAUCAUGGACUCGGUGCUGUGA